GUUUAGCUCGAGCUGAGGCGCAGAGCGGAGGACGCUGAGUGGACACGGUGAAACACCGGUUGGAACUAUUUGCUGGCCGGCGAGCGGGGACUGCGUUUAAAGCGUCCGUGGAGGCGAACUAACUGGACUUAAACCCCGCGACAUUUCUUUUUUUUGCGCCGAAUGUCUUGAAAAAAGCCAUAGCUUGGUCUACCCAAAGACCACACAGACACAGUGUGCACGACUUGGAAUAAUCAGCCACUCUUCACGAGAGAGAGCCGUUUGGAAAAAGCACUCGCACGCUGUCGUACGAAGGGACCCGGAGAGGAAUAUUCACCACAGAUAGAGAGAGACAGAAAAGGAGAGAUUCAAGGAGAGGAACACGGGAAACUCCAACGAUGCGAUUGGAAUGAGGUAGUCGGUGCAGAAUUUGCCAGCGCGCCGUGGAGUUGUGACUGAUGGAAGGCUGUUGUCAUCGGUAGGCGGUGGGCUGCGACAGGUAGAGGCUCCGGGGGAGACUCGACAAAGGCACGGGGGAUAGCUCUCGCGCCUCCACCGCGCUGUCAAACGUCGCGCUUCAUCCCAGCACCUGGGAUCAGACGCGAUCCGUACGCGACUCGUUUUAACGUCAUCUAUUUGCCUUCGAACAGUUUGAAGUAAAGCAAGCCACAGGUCAACCAGGACACACACACACGCAGGGGGCUUUCCUUGGCCCAGAUCGGAUCGAAUCGGUCGGGUCGAGGUUCGCUCGUUUCUUCUGCGGACAGUUCAGUCAAGGACGCGGCUGGAGUAGGGGAGGUCCUCGAGCCUGAUUUGAAGAAAUUGGACAGAAGGACAUGUAUCUGAUAUCGACCUCACAUGCCCCCGACUAAUCAACGCUUACAUUCCACCGGGCCCGUACCAUUGAUAAAGGCUGCCACGCGCACCGUCCCACGCCCGUGAGUUACUGCCCCACUCCGCGAAGAGAAUGGCGGGGCUGGCGUGCUGGAAGUAUUACCUUUGGAUCGCUAUCGUCAUGGGCCGGACGGCGACACCUCUGGCCAAGUCCCUGGAGACUAUUAUAUGGAGCUCACAGAACCCCAAGUUUCUCCCAGGAAAGGGUCUGGUGAUCUACCCGGAUAUCGGGGACAAGCUGGACAUCAUCUGCCCCAAGGCGGACCCGGGCCGGGACUACGAGUUCUACAAGCUGUACCUGGUGAAGCGGGAGCAGGCGGACACCUGCAGCACUGUGCUGGACCCCAACGUGCUGGUGAGCUGCAACAAGCCCGAGAAGGACAUCAAGUUCACCAUCAAGUUCCAGGAGUUCAGCCCCAACUACAUGGGCCUGGAGUUCAAGAGGGACGUCGACUACUUCAUCACCUGUAAGUGCUUCUUCUCCUUUCCUUUUAAAUCAGAACCAACCCCAAUGUCCUGCCAGGCAUCUGCCAGAUAGCUGUACAGGUUCACCUCGCCUCUGCUGUUCUGUUUGUCAAAGGUAUAUAGUAAUAGUAUUCCUGCAGUAGAGGAGGCUGCAGUUUCAGAACCUAGCAGUCUUAGGACUGUAUUGCUAGGACUGCAUUUCUUACGACUGCAUUUCUAAGACACUCUUUUUCUUAAUUGAUUGAAAUGCGACUUCGGAAAUAAUUAUAGUUUGGGAAGGUUUAUUCCUCCCAAAUGCUACUGAAACCGCAGCCUCCUGUGAUACCUGCCGGUUGGUUCUGCUGGACCCAAGUCGCAUUCCCUAUUAGUUGGUGGGUAGUUUGGAUGGUGAAGGUCAGGGGGGGUCAGGGGAGCAUGACAGUGGGGUGGUCACUAGUCCUUAGAGAGGGCUCUCACUUAAAGACUGUAAUUUACCUGCUAAUGCACUGGAUAAAGAACCCCCACCCUCCCUCACCCACUACUUCUGCUGAUUGGACUCAGAGUUCGUCUCCAGGAAGUACCUUGCUCAGUGGCUCUUAAGGAAUGCACGCCCACCUUAAAGUUCAGCCACAUCCUGAUUGCCACACACACACGCACACAAUCACAAACAUAAUCGCGCACACAAUCACCCACACACCUCCAGACCUCCACAUGGUGCGGCUGAUUGUUGAGCCAUCUACGCAGACAUAAUGAAGGGUCAGUUUAAAGGGCACCUGGGUAGUGGCUAUACGAGAAGAAGGGCCAAUCAUUCGUCCCUCUCUCCCCGAGAGAAGCUAGCCUGUCAAAUGAUUAGCCUCCAGCUAUGGGAUAUUUUCGUGACUCCUUAAAGGAAAUCACUUGGGUAUUGUACCCCACACAAUGGUUAAUCCAUGCUAUUCAAUUGAUUUCAAUGGGGACAUAGUGGGUAUUUAACCCUUUGUGCCAACAUUAUUCACUAAUGAGUUGCUUUUAUUUGGUGCGUGUGUGAACUCAUAACACAUAAAUACAACAGAUUAGAAAUAUGAGGCUUUUGAAUAGUUGUUCAGACAUAGACUAAAAAUAAAUAUGUAUUUGAAGUAACAUUCCAUUGCAUAUACCUGCUAGCUCCGUAGCUAGCUCCAUUAGCUCGGUUUCAGUUACACAACAGGUCUCGUCGGAAGGUCAAAUCUGCUCUCCGAACUCGUUUUUCCUGUGUAUUGUCAUCGAGGGAUAUAAGCGCUCCGUCUUUUCUCAGCAUCAUUACCGCGUUUGCGUGCAAUACGUCUCCUCUGUGGCACAGCACAGAGAGGCAGAUCAAAGACCCACCAUAUUGAUCAUAUUCCAGAGGGACGUUAGGGCUUUAAACAGAAACACAGUCCCGCCUGGUUCUCCCUUAUUGUUGUUGUGCGACGAAAGCGAGGAGAAUUUGAAAGAAUCAAAUUAUUUCUCUUACAUUCAAAACAAAAAGUCCUUGAUAGGGAGCCCUUAGACUGGUACUAUGGCUGGCUUACAAUGGCUGGUUUGUGAGAAUGCUCACAUUAUCCUUGCCCUGAGUA